CUGAUUCUGUGUUGCAGAGAGGAUGUUGAAGGAGAAAGACGGCGAGGUCAACCUCGUGUCUGAUAUCAAAGAGGAAGUAGAGGAGGAGGACGAGGAGAAGGAUUCUUUAUCAACAACCAGCUUCUCUCACAGGGACAAAGUACCGACCCUGGCGGGACUGAAAAGGAAGAAGAAGAACACUAAACAGGCUGCUAAUGUCGCUGCUAAACAACAAAAAGUAAACUACAGAUUUUCUGGAUACUGGAAAGAAGAUCAUGGACAACCAGUUUAUGGAGUUAGUAUCAACCCUCAUAUUCAGUCUUCGUCGGAGUCUACUGUGUUCUUCGCUACUGUCGGAUAUAAUAGGGUUACAAUUUACGAGGGCGCUAGUGAAGGCGGAGUAAGGUUGGUUCAAUGCUAUGCAGAUCCUGAUUCAGAGGAAAACUUUUAUACCUGUGCUUGGAGCUACGACCCGGAGACAAAACGUCCUGUUCUAGCCGCAGCUGGGUCUAGAGGAAUCAUCAGGCUUUUUAGCACUGCAACCAUGACAUGUGUUCGAAACUUUGUUGGUCAUGGAAAUGCCGUGAACGAACUCAAGUUCCAUCCAAAAGACCCAAACCUUCUACUCUCAGUGUCUAGAGAUCAUGCCUUGAGAGUAUGGAAUGUGAAAACAGAGGCAAAUAUUGUUAUAUUCGGCGGGGUAGAAGGGCAUAGAGACGAAGUACUCAGUGCUGAUUUCGAUAUGUUGGGAGAUAAGAUAAUAUCCUGCGGAAUGGAUCAUUCCCUCAAAAUAUGGAACUUUGGAGAUCAGAAGAUUCAGGAUGCAGUUCAACUCUCAUAUAAGGUGUGUGAUGUAAAAUCUAGUUUUAAAACAGUUCUUGUUCAUUUCCCUGUGUUCAGUACACGAGAUAUACACAGCAACUACGUAGACUCUUGCAGAUGGUUUGGAGAUUUUGUAUUGUCUAAAUCAUGUGAGAAUUGUAUUGUCUGCUGGAAGCCCGGUCAACUUGAGGAAUCCAGAUCUGAGACUGGGGGUGAUGAUGGUUGCUCUAUUAUUCACAAACUACAACUUAAAGAUUGCGAUAUCUGGUUUAUAAGGUUUAGUAUGGACGGACUCGGUACAACCCUAGCUCUAGGGAAUAGAACUGGCAAGGUUUAUGUUUGGGAUCUAGAUGUUCAGGACCCUGGAGAUAUCAGAAGCUCUGUGCUAACCCAUCCUAAGUGUAACAGCACCAUUCGCCAAACCUCGAUGUCGCAAGACGGGAGCAUGAUUGUCGCUGUGUGCGACGACGGAACAGUUUGGAGAUGGGACAAGAAUAAUUAAAUCGUCGGCCAAUGACCUUUUAUAUAUACAUUCUGUGUCAUUGAUGAAAUUCAAGUACUAAUAAGAUUGCGUUUUUAACUGAUCUAGUUCAAACGGAUCUAAGGUUUUUCGACCUAAAGGAUUUUCAACCCAAAAUCAAUUAUAACUUAAAAUUAGCAAUAAUUUUGGAAUGUGAUGGAUGUCAAUAGCCUAGUUUCUAAGUCGAGCUACCAUAGGUUUUUCUCUGAUAGUUCUCAUGCAUAUCCAAUUGUAAAUUUGGUAGGUCAAGGUGGGAUUAAAAUACCUGAAAAAAUCCUGAUAAUAAGGCCUGAAUAACUUUUGCUCCGUUUCCCCUAGCUCGGUUUGUAGAGCAUCCUGAUUCUGUUCAAUUGUUUUAUACGUUUUAUGUAUACUUUUAUGCAUUUUAAUUAGAAACUUUUUAAAUAUAAAAUAUCUAAUAUGUA